AUGGCGAUCCGAUCUCUUCUCCAGCUGUGCCUUUUGAGCCCUCUCGUUUCUGUUGUUACUGCGAAGCCUAUCAUAGGAAAGAGAGGUUCUUUCGCUGACACUCAGAAGCUCUCCGACCCGAGCUAUGGCCCAGUUCCUGGUCAGAGUACAAUCUUCAGCACGUACUAUGGCGUCGAGGCACCUUUCCCUGGAAACUUGAGAGAUGCCGUCCUGCCGACUAAGGCCGGCCCGCCUGGUGAGGAUGAUGUAGUCUGGCAGAACUUGCUCUCUGCCGAAUGGGUCAUCUUCGACUUCUACCAGCAAGCUGUUGAAGCCUUCAACGAGACGGCAUUUAUCAAGGCUGGCAUGCCCAACACUACAUAUAAGCGUAUCCAAGAGAUCCGGAAUAACGAAGCCGGCCAUCUACGCAUCUUCCAGAACCAAAUCUCCGCCACGUCGGUAAAGCCCGGCGCGUGCGAGCAUCAAUUCCCCUUCUACGAUGCUACCUCUUUCCUAGCUCUCGUCACCGUCCUCGAGGUCUCUAGCAUGGCUUUCUUAACUGGACUGGUGCGGGAUGCUAAGCUCCCCUCGUCGCAGGCUGCUAUGCUUUCUAUCGCCGAAACCGAGGCGCGCCACGAAGUCUGGAGUUUGAUCGAGAUCUGGAAGACUAACCCCUUCGGCGGCCCCUCUGAUACCGUAUUCCCCUACGCCAACCAGAUCCUCGACACUACCAACGUCUUCAUCGUGCCCGGCAGCUGCCCCCCGGAGAACCCCCUAUACCCCUCGCCGCGCCAAGAUCUGCCCGCUCUCAGCGCUGCCAAAAACACCAAGUCGCUGACGCCCGGCUCCAACAUCGGGCUCAACUUCACCGACCCGACUAACCAGCCCAAGUUCGACAGCGACAAGGAGUACUACGCCGUCUUCUUCCACGGCCUUGCCAACAUCAGCGUGCCCAUCGACACGUCAUGCUGGCCCGAGAAAGAGAUCCGCGUCACUAUUCCUAAGGAAUUCGAGACUAAGGGCGUCAUCGUUACCGUAAUCGCCGAUGCUCCCGGUGCUCCUACUAAGGAGAACGUCGUCGCUGGGCCGGGUAUCGUCCUCGAACAACCCACGGCACUUGCUACGAAGCUUUUGUAA